GGUUUUAGUAACGGCAGCUGUCAGGCCUCCGACGAAUUUAUACACACGAGUGAAACAUAGAGCAGUGGAUAGAGGGAAGAGAGAGAACGCUCGGUUGCUCCAUUUCAAAGCUACCACUAUGGCGAGCGUUGAAUCCGAGGCACAAUCAAACGACAUGGAGAAGAAGAACGAAAGAGAAGUGGGAUCAGAGGCACAAUCACAGGUCGAAGAUCCUGAAAAGAAGAAGAAGAAAGAAGAAAAGGCAAGAGAGAAAGAAUUGAAGAAACUUAAGGCUGCACAAAAAGCGGAAGCAGCCAAACUUCAGGCACAGCAAGGUUCUUCUGCUUCGAAAACGAGUAAAAAGAAAAACUUAAAGAGGGAUGCAGGGGAAGAAAACCCUGAGGAUUAUGCUGACCCGGUAACGCCUUUUGGUGAGAAGAAACGGCUCUCUUCUCUGAUGGCAAAGGCCUACAACCCAAGUGCAGUAGAAAAUUCGUGGUAUGCAUGGUGGGAGAAAUCAGGGUUCUUUGUCACAGAUAACAAAAGCUCCAAACCGCCGUUUACGAUAGUUCUGCCACCUCCAAAUGUGACUGGGGCCUUACAUAUAGGCCAUGCCCUUAUGGCUGCCAUCGAGGAUACUAUCAUUCGUUGGCGAAGAAUGUCUGGAUACAAUACUUUGUGGGUACCUGGGAUGGACCAUGCUGGGAUAGCAACACAGGUCGUUGUCGAGAAGAAGAUUAUGCGGGAAAGGCGUUUAACUAGGCAUGAUGUUGGUCGCGAGAGAUUUGUGUCUGAAGUCUGGAAUUGGAAGAAUGAGUAUGGGGGCACCAUAUUAAAACAACUACGGUGCCUGGGUGCUUCUCUUGAUUGGUCUCGUGAGGCAAGAAUUCAAAAAUAUCAUUGCAAGUUUGACCCCAUUCUAGAUAUAUGCUUUACGAUGGAUGACAAAAGAUCCAAGGCUGUGACAGAGGCCUUUGUUCGGCUUUACAAUGAAGGUCUUAUUUAUAGGGAUCUGCGGCUGGUGAAUUGGGACUGUGUCUUGCGAACAGCAAUAUCUGAUAUUGAGGUAGAACAUGUGGAAAUCAAAGAUAGGACUUUGUUAAAGGUUCCUGGAUAUGAAAAUCCAGUGGAAUUUGGUGUUUUGACAUCAUUUGCUUACCCUCUAGAAGGAAAUCUUGGGGAGCUUGUUGUGGCCACGACUAGAGUUGAAACAAUGCUUGGUGAUACUGCUAUUGCCAUACAUCCUGAUGACCAGAGAUACAGCCAUCUUCAUGGAAAAUUUGCUAUCCAUCCGUUUAAUGGAAGGAAACUUCCUAUAGUUUGUGAUGCAAUACUUGUUGAUCCAGAAUUUGGUACUGGUGCUGUUAAGAUAACUCCAGCCCAUGAUCCAAAUGAUUUUGAAGUUGGAAAGCGUCAUAAUCUUGACUUUAUCAACGUUUUCACAGAUGAUGGAAAAAUAAACAGCAAUGGUGGUAUGGAGUUUUCAGGCAUGCCACGUUUCAAAGCCCGUGAAGCCGUGACUGCAGCUUUACAGGAAAAGGGACUCUAUAGAGGUUCUAAAGCUAAUGAGAUGCGCCUUGGCCUUUGUUCAAGAACCAGUGAUGUACUGGAGCCCUUGAUAAAGCCUCAGUGGUAUGUCAACUGCAAUGUUAUGGCCAAGCAAGCUCUUGAUGCUGUCAUGAAUGAUGAAAGUAAGAAAAUGGAGAUCAUUCCAAAACAAUAUGCUGCUGAAUGGAAGAGAUGGCUUGAGAACAUUCGUGAUUGGUGCAUCUCGAGGCAACUGUGGUGGGGCCAUCGUAUACCUGCAUGGUAUGUGACACUGGAUGAUGAUGAACUGAAGGAACUUGGUGUAUACAAUGACCACUGGGUGGUUGCUAGAAAUGAAGAAGACGCUAUGUUAGAGGCUAGCAGAAUGUUUGAUGGGAAGAAGUUUCAGAUGUCUCAGGAUCCUGAUGUGCUGGACACCUGGUUUUCCUCUGGUCUUUUUCCGUUGUCUGUGCUAGGGUGGCCAGAGGAUACUGAAGAUUUGAAGGCUUUUUAUCCGACUUCUGUUCUCGAAACUGGGCACGACAUUCUCUUUUUUUGGGUUGCUCGGAUGAUGAUGUUAGGAAUCAAGCUGGGGGGUGAUGUGCCUUUUAGAAAGGUUUAUUUGCACCCCAUGAUUCGUGAUGCACAUGGGCGGAAGAUGUCCAAGUCUUUAGGAAAUGUAAUUGAUCCUGUUGAAGUUAUAAGUGGAAUAACCCUGGGCGGACUUCACAAGCGACUGGACGAGGGUAUCUUGGAUCCCACUGAGUUGAAGAUUGCCAAGGAAGGACAGGUGAAGGACUUUCCCAAUGGUAUUCCUGAAUGUGGUGCAGACGCUUUGCGGUUUGCCCUUGUCUCUUACACCGCUCAGGUUCACGAUUUCCUAAUUUUUUUUUUUUCCAGAUUCCUGCUUCCUUGGGUUGUUUGA